AUGCCAUACACCCCACCCUCGCACAACUCGCCUGCCUCAUCCCAGAACACCAGCCCCGUCAUCAGCCGGAGCUCAUCACAUCAUCAAGAUGAUAUUCCUCGCUCACCCGUGAGCACACGACCGCAGCCACCACGAUCCCACUCAUCCUCCUCAUAUCUUCACAAGCACCGGCGGUCUCCGUCAUUCACCAAGUCUGACGAUGCACCGCCCACGCCCACCGACGCACCCGAUUCCAAGGUCUCAUCAACCGACUUCGCAGCCAUGGGAAGCAUCCGCCAGUCUCCCCCACCCGUUAACAACCUUCGGAUCCCAACCGGAGCCGUGAUUUCUCCUCCAGACUCUUCCGAGAAUUCGGACGGGGAGGAGGGCAGCAAGGAACGUGGUCGUGAAUUGGAGAAGAACUGGAAUGAGCUGCAGCUCGCGGUACGAGCAUUGCCACAGCAGAGAGAAGGAUCGCCCGACAAGAGCAACACUCACCUGCAACGCAAGGAAUCGGCAUCUGAACCAGAAUCUCACAGCACUCCGCCCACAGCAGUGCAGCACCGGCCCGCGCUGACUGCGGCAGCCCGCAAAAUCUCGCAUUCACGGUCGUCGACGGAGACCAUGAUCACGUUGAAGACGCCGACGUUCGCUGAGUCGCCGACGCAGACAUCUGACGAUAGUGACGAGGAUGAAGGUUCAGCGUCGAAGCCUGCCCUGGUCCGGAAAAAGUCCGGGGAGCUGGUCAAGCCCGCGUUGAGGCCGUCUUCCAGGCGGCGUUAUUCGAGCAUGCCUGGAACUCCGACGUACUCCAAAUCCGUGCAUUUCAACGACAGCGACAACCAGACCCGGCAUUUCCUGCAGGUCGACAAGCCUAUAGCGGUUAGCGCUGGCUCCUCACCGGUCGAGACGUACGACAGCGAGAGCGAGUUUCCGUUCAACGAUGAUUCCAAGAAGCCGGAACUGGCGAUCCGGAUUGCCAACUUCCCGAAAGACACUUUCGAGCGCAGGGCUCAGGCCAUCCGAGUCGAGCGCAUAUUCCUGUCAGCGGACAAGACAACGCUUGUCGGUGUGUGCGGUGUGCAGAACAUUGCUUUUCAAAAGAAGGUCGUGGCUCGGUUUACUCUUGACUACUGGAAAACAACGUCUGAAGUCGUCGCUGAGUACAACAACGACACUCGAAAUCGCCCUACCGACGGUUGUGACCGGUUCAACUUCCACAUCGUGCUGUCGGACCAAGCAAACAUUGACAACAAGACCUUGCUCCUUUGCGUUCGAUAUAACGUUGGAGGACAGGAAUUUUGGGACAACAAUAACGACCGGAACUUCCAGGUUGAUUUCGCCCGUGGCGAGCCCAAGAAGCAUGCCAAGCAAUUAAAGCCUGUCAGCACGCUCGGACAACGUCCACGCAAUGCCAUUCCUCGGAGCCGCCACUCGCCUUCGUCGAAAGGCAGGCAAGACUCCGUGGACGACGAUUUCGUGUCACGGCUUGACAGCAAUUCGGCUUAUCAUUUCGGCUCACCAUCUCAACUUCUGGGCGAAGGCGGAUCCAUCAAGCUCAAGCAGAAGCCCAAGCGAUCCUCUCUGUUCAACACUAGUCCAUCGACCUCACCGACCAACGGUCUCGGCAGCCGAUACGACUUUGGCAGCUCCUUGUCAGCUGCACUGUCCUCGGCGCAAGAAAGUCUGGGUCGCCGCAGUGGCCUGAUGAACAAGGAUGGCGCCAAGUCCCAGCUGAACGACGGCUACUUUGGUCCGAUCGAUCGCACUGAGCCAGCCAAGGUGGAUGCGAAGGCUGAGCGCCCCGACCUGCUCACCGACGACCGUCCUGCCAUGGGCUCCGAUCAGUACAAGGAUCUGGUUCAGAAGUUCUGCUACGUAGGUUCCAACCGAAGUUCCACAGUCUCCGAGGUCUAAGGACGAGUCGAAAGCUGACUGACCUUCAGUUUACACCUGGUGGCAAGGGAACGACGUCUCCACCGGUCACUAGGCCAACAUCAUCAUAUCAGCAUCCAAAGCAGCCUCGCACUGAUGGCGUCGAUGAGGCGGACUCGGUUUCCACAUUGAUUCUGUCUUCUGGGACAGGCUCUCCGCUGCCUCAGCUCGAUGGCGCCAACGAGCGCGUAACGGCUGUGAGCCCGUUGGUCUCUCGACCGUCUUCGCCCAGUCCUGUCACGGGCCAUGCUCUGAGCUCUGCGUCGCCCGGCGCAUUUGGAUAUCCGUACCAGAACCACCGAGAUGGAUACCUUUCCGACACCCCAACACCUACCGCGAUCCACGGCUGA